AUGUUGAAGGCCUUCAAGGGGCUGAAGAAGCGGCUGGGCAGCUCCAGCAAGCUGCACGAGGAGGGGGCGGCCGCCGACGCCGAGGCGCACUGCGUGGCGGCGGCGGCGGCGGCCCCAGCUUCAGCAGCCGCUGCUGCAGCUCUGCUUCGUGCUGGGCAAGCUGCCGUCACUGACCAGGCCGCGCAUGCGGAGCAGCAGGCUGGCGGCACCUACGCAGUGGCCCCGCCAUCGUCGGCACCGGUGGCAACCGGGCUGCCGCCACGCCCGCGCUCGCGCCCCCACUCCCCCACGCCCCACGCCUACCACCACCACUCGGCGCACCCUCUGGACGAGUCUGGCGGCGAGCUGGCGGUGGAUUAUGAGCUGGUGGCGGGGCCGCUGGAGCUGGAUGGGUCGCUGCACGACGGCCAGGAGCAUUGCGUCGACGGGGAGGAGCGGGGAGGCGGCGGCGAGGCUGGAGCAGGCUCCGAGCAGCACCAGCAUCACCAUGGGGAGCCAGGCGGCGGCGCCGAGCUGCAGCACGAGGGGCAACACCCCUGGCACGAUUCCGCCCCCACAUCUGGCGACGCCAGCACGGAUGAGGAGGCCGGGCCGGGGGCGCACGCCGGGGACGGCGGCGCGGCGGCCGACGCGGGCUCGGCGGCAGCGGCGGCCGCUGCGGCGGCCGAGGGUAUUGCCGAUGCCCUGGCCACCAUGAUGUACCUCACAGAGGAUGCAGAGGGGGCGGAGGACUGCGUUUCGGUGGUGUCGGACGCCCUCAGCGAGGAGGACCUGCCUGACGACAUCUCGGAGCUGAGCCGGGCGCUGGAGGCGCUGGAGGGGGAGGCCCUGCACGGCUCCAGCCCCGCCUCGGCACGCGCCAGCCUGGGCGGCGGCGGCGGCCUGGACGACCAGCUGGCGGAGCGGCUGGGCCUGUCGCCCGAUGCGGGAGACCCCACAGCCUACAGCCAGCAGAUGGCCAAGCUGUACAACAACCUGGGCCUGAAGAUGAUGGAGCGGCGCAAGCACGAGGAGGCGCUGGGACUGCUGAGCAAGGCGGAGGCGAUUGUGGAGAACGACGGCAUGUGGGGUGGCCAGGCGCACCGGCGGCAGCGCAUGCAGGCCAUCACUUACAACAACCUGGGCUGCCUGUUCAAGCGGCGCAACAUGGCGCAGCUGGCGCUGCAGUACCUGCAAAAGGCGCUGGCCCUGGAGGAGCUGGGGGGCCCCGUGCAGAACAGCAGCAGCACCCACCUCAACAUCUCCGCAGCCUUCUCCGCCCUCAAGCGGCCAAAGGAGGUGCGGCGCCUGUUCACACAUGUGGUGAUGGCCGUGGUGGGGAGCGUGGGGCUGGGCAUGGCGCUGGCGCACGCGGAGCGCGCCAUCAUUCUGCUGCAGCGCCACCUGGCGUACCUGAUUGCCAGCAAGUGCCUGGGCGCCAAGGCCCCCAUGACGGCCUCCCUCAGCAAGGCGCUCAAGGCCUUCCAGCAGCGCCAGGCCCGCUACCUGCCCACCGGCGCCGUACACGCCGUGCGCAAGGCGCCGUCGUCGCUUGCCUCCGCCAAGGUGCCCGCAGCCCAGUCCAAGCGCGGGCUGGGCCACUCCCGUGGCAGCAGCAAGUCUGUUUCCAGCAGCAAGUCGGCCAGCAGCCUGGCCAGCAAGUCAAUGAACAGCCUGGCUGCGGCGGCGGCCAACGGCAAGGCCACGCUGCCGCUGGACAAGGCCAGCAAGGGGCUGACGGGCGCGCGGCCGGCGUCCGCCAGCCGCCUGGCCACCCAGCUUCAGCAGCACUAG